AACCGUAAGGAAAACACAACACAGGUGAGCCGGCCGAGGGAGGAGAAACCGAGGAAGUCAAUGGCGUACUGCUUCCCCAGCGUUCUUAUCGAGGGCAAGACAACCACCUUGCUCUUGGGGCUAGCUGUGAUCCGCGAAGGACUCUAGCUUGAUAAUCUCUCGAGCUCUUCAUCUCUCCUUUCUCCCCACCGCUCCCAUUCUCACUUGAGGCAUGGGAGGCCCCUCGUGGCCGAAUUUGCGGCGCCUGGUGCGGCGGAAGCCGGCGGCGGCGAGCUCCGCUGGCCGGACCGAAGCAGCGGAUGGGGGCGGCGGCCAGCGCCUCGCGAAGGCGCUGUCCGUUCCCCACCUCACCGCGAUCGUCAUUAGGUGUCGGCUCGACGAUCGGCGCUGGCAUCUAUGUCCUGGUAGGAACCGUGGCUCGUGAGCACACAGGGCCAGGCCUGACCGUCUCCUUUCUGAUAGCCGGCAUCGCUGCUGCCCUUUCAGCGUUGUGCUAUGCCGAGCUCUCCUGCCGUUUCCCUUCAGCAGGGAGUGCCUACCACUACUCCUACAUCUGCAUUGGAGAGAGUGUUGCUUGGCUGAUUGGGUGGGCCUUGAUUCUUGAGUACACGAUCGGGGGAUCAUCAGUGGCUCGUGGCAUAUCGCCAAACUUGGCUCUAUUUUUUGGUGGCCAAGACAAAUUGCCCUUCUUUCUAGCACAAGUGCAUGUUAAAUGGCUUGACACCCCAGUUGAUCCUUGUGCUGCUAUUCUUGUCUUGAUAGUUACUGCAUUGCUCUGUCUCGGAAUUAAGGAGAGCUCAUUUGUGGAAGGCAUCAUCACCAUUGCAAAUGUCACAGUCAUGCUCUUUGUCAUUUGUGCUGGUGGAUGGUUAGGAUUGAGGAAUGGCUGGGCCGGUUAUAAAGCACCAGAAGGUUACUUCCCUAACGGUGUCGGCGGAGUUCUCUCCGGAUCAGCAACCCUCUUCUUCGCCUACAUUGGCUUCGACGCAGUUGCUAGCACAGCAGAGGAGGUGAAGAAUCCUCAGCGCGAUCUUCCAUUGGGGAUGGGCCUGACAUUGUCCUUGUGCUGCUUCCUCUACAUGAUGGUUUCUGCUGUUGUUGUCGGUUUGGUGCCAUAUCGCGCGAUGGAUCCUGAAACCCCUAUUUCGUCUGCAUUUGCGCAGUACGGGAUGCAGUGGGCAGCGUAUGUCGUUUCCAGUGGGGCUGUUCUUGCUCUCAUCGCAUCCUUGAUAGGUGGUAUUCUCCCGCAGCCAAGAAUUAUAAUGGCUAUGGCAAGAGAUGGAUUGCUUCCAUCACUGUUCUCAGCUGUUAAUCAACAAACUCAAGUACCAAUCCUGAGCACAAUCUUGACUGGGACAUGUGCUGCUAUCCUGGCUUUUUUUAUGGAUGUCUCCCAAUUGGCAGGGAUGGUAAGCGUGGGAACCCUACUGGCAUUUACCGCAGUUGCCAUUUCUGUUUUAGUAGUAAGAUAUGCUCCUCCAAGUGAGAUGCCAAUGGGAGUGGCUCUUGCAGGAACACCUGAAUCACUAACUUCGUACUCUGGGCACUCAGAGCAGGAUGAGGAAAACUCGGAGGAUCCUUUUGGCAAUGUUCAAGAAGCACCUACUGUCUGUGAGGUAGCCAACAAGUUAAGGCGACAGAAAGCCACAAGAAGCAUAGUAUUGAUAUUUAUCGGGAUCAUCAUCUUCGUUUCUUCGGUUUCUUUCUCUUUUUUCCCAUUUUAUAUGCAAUCCACGGCGUGUGCCAUAGGCGGCUUGCUAUUGUUGAGUUGUUCCAUUGUUCUUUCAUGCAUUGGACAAGACAAGAGCUCUUCUAGACAAACUGGAGGUUUCAUGUGCCCAUUGGUUCCAAUACUUCCAAUCUGUUGCAUCGUCAUCAAUGUAUACCUGCUUAUGAAUAUCGGGAGUUAUACGUGGAUUCGUGUUUCUGCAUGGCUGGUGGCUGGUGUGCUCAUAUAUUUCUUGUAUGGCCGGAAGCAUAGUUCACUGGCUGGCAUGGCCUAUCAGCGCAUAUCGCCAUUGUAAAUCAAUGUGGGGUGGAGUUCUUUCUGUAUUUUGAUCGAUAGGUGCUGCCUUUGGUGAACUAUAUCACACUUCCAUGGUCUAUCAAAAGAAGUCCUUGGAUUGCAGAGAAAUGGCACUACGUGGUGUCUAAAGCAACUGUUACAGAUGGUUGGGGGUUUCUGAUUGCAACAGGUUUCGACAAGGAACAGAAGAGUUUCGUAAAAAAUAAAAGGAACAGAAGAGUCUGAACCCUGAAGAUCUGAAGAUUGACAGACACAUGUACAAGCACAAAAAUAGCAGUGCAUUUUGCAAUUGCAUAGGGUGAUGCUUCCUUUUUUAAAAAAAAAAAUUAUUGGCAGUUUCAUGGACUAUUGUAAAAAAUUGUCACCAUCGACUUCUGAUUCUUUAGUACCAGAGAGAAAUUACAGGAGGCAUUCACCUCACCUAUUUGACAA